AAACAUGUUUUAAUACAAUCUAUAAUUUGUAGUUAUCUUUUAAGAAUUUCUUUUGCUAAGAAAAAAAAAAUCAUAAAAGAUACCUACCUAAUGUGGUUCAUAGUUUGUAUCAGUGAUACAUUCUACUUAAAUAUAUAAAGCAGCAGACAUGAGUCAAAUAGGGUAUGCAUAGUUUGACACAACAUGUUCAUCAAAGAGUUUUGAUGAGAAAUGUCAUAGGCAAUAGUUUUCUAUAAUAUAAGAGAUGCAGAUAGUCUAGUUUGGAGUUUAUAGAUUAGGUUGAUAGCAAGGAGGCAUGGAAAAGAAGGCUGUAGAGGACUGUGAUGGCUGCCAUCAGCAACCAAGAAUGCCGAUCUCAUCAGUAUCAGCAGGCACAAGGUUGAAGAGUGGCAAUAAGAACACAUCCAAGCAAAGGUACAACAAGAGGAAUGCACGUAAGGAGUGCACUUGGCGCCCAUGGUCUGACCUUCCUGGUGAGCUUCUCUCAGAAAUCGCUAAAGGUCUCUCUGUUGCAGACUACCUCUCAUUUGGUCGUGUCUGUAGAAAUUGGAGGUCAAUCACCGUGUCAUCCAAACGUGAGUUCUUAGAAUCUCAGGCACCCUUGGUUUUGGUGAUAUCAUCACAUGCCAGGAAAACCUGUUUCUUCUUUGACAUGUCUAGUCAAGACACAUACAGGACUGUGCUGCCUAAGUUUUCUGGUAGGAGCAUUGUUGGGAUCUCAAGUGGAUACUUGAUAAUGCAACUCUCUGAUAUUAUGUUAACAAAUCCAAUCACAGGACACACACUUGAAUUUCCUGGGGCACUUCAGCCUUUCCCUGACCGCAUAACUAUGAGUGAUGGCUGCAUCUUUGCCUCUACCAUGCCUCAUCAAGAUUUUCUGGUUGUUGCUCUUUUUUCGAUGCACCUCAAUCUGCAGUUUCGCCGGUCCAGAGAUCACCAAUGGACUUUCUAUUCAUAUGCGGGGGAACCUUGGGAAAUUAAGGAUAUAACUGCCUUCGGAGCUAGAAUCUAUGCUUUAACUAGUGAUUCUCAGAUAAGAGUUUUGUCUCUGAAAAAUCCUCCUACUAUGGAACCACUGCAACUCAAAGGCAAACCUCAUUUGGGUUCUAAUGUUACCUUUGCGGCUUCAGAUGAGCAUCUUGUGGUGCUUGAUUUGGUUCCUCAUAGAAGGGUUGAAGUUUACAGGAUAGACUUCGUGAGCAGCCAGUGGGUGAAGGUGGAUGACUUGGGUGAUCAAUCGGUGUUUAUGAGUGAUAUGAUUCAUUUGAGAUUGGCCAGCUUACACACCACAGCCAGCUGGGGUGGUCGACGUAACUGCGUAUAUUACCUUGGACCUUGGUCAGCCAAAGGCACUGUGUUCACCUUAGAGGGUGAUCUCGUCGAAAAUAUCUCAGUUGCUCCAGGAGACCGACUUCGUUCCAUCCGAGCGUCAUAUGGUUGGUAUUUUCCCCGCGACUCACACAAAAUGAAUUCUGUCUGGGAUGACCAAUUUGAUGAUGAUUUAACCAAUGCAUGAAGUACAAUGUUUGUGUUUCUUUGCUUAAAACAAUGAACUAGGCUCUCUUGAUAGCCUUUCUCAGGUUAUGUUUUUGUUAUUUUAAAAUCUGGACAAAGUACCAUAGAACUUUUCUGGAAUGUUGGUUUUUUUUUUUUUUUUUGAAAAUAGGUAAUGGAAGGUAUGUUGUUAUUUCUCCUAAGUUUGUUGUAAUAAUACCUGGUAAUGGUGAACUGAGCCUUCGGGUUUAAAUGGUUUGCCCCCAAACUUUUGAAUUAGUUGGUUGAGGCAAAAAAAAAAAAAAACCUGGUAUUGGUACACCAUGAUGCCAGAACUUUUUGUGCUUGAAUUUCCAGCAGGGUCUAUAAACGUCAAAAGUGCAG